AUGUCCACGCCAAGGUCAUCAAAGCAGACAACGACGACAACAACAACAGCAACGAAGAAGAGAGCGGCCUCCCCUGAAGCCGAGCCAGCAGAAGACACCACAUCUACACCCACACCCACACCCACACCCACUGUCCCAAGCGCCCAAGACAAUCAUGAUCGGGUCUUCUCGUCCGCGCUGAUCCACGAUCGCCAGUCCACGUUCGUGGCGCACUUCCACCCGGCGCCGGGCGUGUUCGUGAAGCAGCAGCAGCAGCAGCAGUCCGGGACUGCACCGGUGUCGGGGUCGGGUUCGAAGCCACAAUUAUCGCUGACCGCGACCAUCAAGCGGCUCCAAACACACCCGAAAUUCACCUCGGCCAGCCACCGCAUCGUCGCGUGGCGGCGGCGGUCGAGCCAGCAGACCCUCUUCGGCGCACCCAAUAAUUCUGAUCCAGCCGGCUCAGGCCGAAAAGCCAUCUACGCCACAGGUUCGGAGGACGACGGCGAGAAGUACGCUGGCAAGCGGCUCGAGCGCCUCCUGGCCGACCUGGACGUCGAGGGCGUGGUCGUCGUGGCGCGGUGGUACGGCGGCGUGUUAUUGGGCCCUGUGAGGUUCACGCACAUCGAGACCGUGGCGAGGGAGGCGGUUCGGAAAUGGAAGGAGAGUGUCGACGCCGGUGGUGGUGCAGGGUCUAAGAGGCAGAAGCUUCUUGAUCCCCACGGAUAUGUCGCAGAUGGUGAUGGUGAUGGAGAUGGUGACUCCCCAGAUGAAACUGCGCUCAAAUCACGCCUCGCCGAACAGCUGGCUGAGCGGGAUCGCAGCAUCGUCGUGCUGAGAGGGCUGUUGGCGGACAAGACGAAAGCCGCCGCAGCACCCAUGACCGCGGACGGCGAGAAGAAACCUGAGUCGUCGUCGUCGUCGCAACCUGAGCAGCAGCAGCAAUCUUCUUCAGCACCUUCCCCUUCGCCAGUCAAGAAGAUCGACUACGACGAUAUGCCGCUGGCCAGGCUGAAGCAGCUGGAGAAAGCACGGGAUGCCACGAUUGCCUUUAUCUUGAAGCAGUUGGACAAGCUGGAGGAAGAAGGAGGAGAAGAAGAAGAGAAGUGA